AUGCCGACAACUUGUGGAUUCCCCAACUGCAAAUUCAGGUCGCGCUACCGUGGCACAGAGGACAACAGGCACUUCUACAGAGUGCCGAAAAAGCCGGCAGUCUUACGCAACAGAUGGCUUGAGGCAAUCGGCAGAACAGAGGAGACGAUCGUCAGUCAAGUGAGUUCCGGUUGUCAAGACGACUAA